GUCGUCCCGGGAGCCUCGCAAGUCAGCAGAGGAGGCUUUAGCUGCAGCCGGUGACAUGGACAACGCAGGGAAAGAACGAGAAGCGGUCCAGCUUAUGGCGGAGGCCGAGAAGCGAGUGAAGGCUUCCCACUCCUUCCUCCGAGGGUUGUUCGGAGGAAACACAAGAAUAGAAGAGGCAUGUGAAAUGUAUACCAGAGCUGCAAAUAUGUUCAAGAUGGCCAAGAACUGGAGUGCUGCAGGAAAUGCAUUUUGUCAAGCCGCCAAGCUCCACAUGCAGCUUCAGAGCAAGCAUGACUCUGCUACGAGCUUUGUGGAUGCUGGAAAUGCUUACAAGAAAGCAGACCCUCAAGAGGCUAUCAACUGCUUAAAUGCAGCCAUCGACAUUUACACAGACAUGGGAAGAUUCACAAUCGCAGCCAAGCACCAUAUCACCAUUGCUGAGAUCUAUGAGACUGAGCUCGUGGACAUUGAGAAGGCUAUUGCACAUUAUGAACAAUCUGCUGAUUAUUACAAAGGAGAAGAAUCUAACAGCUCUGCUAACAAGUGUCUGCUGAAGGUGGCAGCCUAUGCUGCACAGCUGGAGCAGUACCAGAAAGCCAUCGAGAUCUAUGAGCAGGUGGGAGCAAACACUAUGGAUAACCCCUUGCUGAAGUACAGCGCAAAGGAUUACUUCUUCAAGGCAGCACUCUGUCACUUCAUAGUGGAUGAGCUGAAUGCAAAGCUUGCUCUUGAGAAAUACGAGGAAAUGUUUCCAGCAUUUACUGACUCCAGAGAAUGUAAAUUAUUGAAAAAACUUCUAGAAGCUCAUGAAGAACAGAACAGUGAAGCUUACACUGAAGCAGUGAAGGAGUUUGACUCAAUAUCACGUUUGGAUCAGUGGCUGACUACCAUGUUGCUUCGUAUCAAGAAGUCCAUUCAAGGGGAUGGAGAAGGAGAUGGAGACCUCAAGUGAAGCGCUGGCAUCUUUGUGGCAUGCAGCUCCUUCCUUUUUAUUUUGUCUUUGGGCAGAGCUGUCUUUCUGAGAUGCUCAUUUAAUGACUUAAUUUUGUUGUAAAUAAGCCAGCCACACAGUUUAUGUAUUGUUUUAGCUCACCACAUCUGUGUAAUGUGAGAGUUGGAGGCUUCUAUUCAGUUUGUGGUUAUGACAACCAAAGUAUAUCAUGCUUAUCCGAGUCCUCCUAGUUUUCUGAGAAGUACUGCCAAAUCUUUUUCUUGUUCUUUUGAUAUUUUCAGGGCCCACGGUUAAUGUUGCCACGUUUUGUGUUUUCUUUUUUCUUGAACUCUGGUCUUCAACCCAGUUUUAUAGAUGCUUUGCAAAGACCCUAUGCACUGGUAUCUGGAUGCAACCUUUAUACAAGUGGCUUAGUUUAGGGUGGUUAUUAGAAGUAGGUUUGUAUUUAAUAGAAACCGUUUGGCUUUCUUUUAUAGCUAUCUUGAAGGUGCUAGUGAUGAAUUUGUUUCUUGUUUUGCUCCAUAUGCUCACAUGUGCAUGGCAAACACUGAAAACAUCUGGGAUCUGUUGACAUCACUUGCAUCAUUCGGGGAAGGAACUUGCUGGCAGGUCCUGAGGUCGUUUGCUGUGGUGGAGGAUGUCAAGGUAGAUUUCAUUGUUUUUGUUUUUACAUGCACAUGCGCACACAAAACCUACAAGAUGGAAUUUUCCCCUUCUCUAGACAGUUUCCACUUUUAUUUGUAAUGGAAAUCCCUUCAUAUUUGCCUUAAACCAUCUUUAGCUGGCAUCUCCUUUAUUCACACAUUGAUAUACUCCUCCACAUAGUGUUCUGGGCCACAGUCAUGUCAAGCUUGAGCAGAGCUAGACAGAAGAUUCCAGCUGAAUACAUGUAGUGAAGUGUCCAUUUGUUGGACAUGGUGGUAAAAUGCUACCAGUGUGGCAUAAGAAUCUAUGUUAUACCUGGUUAGAUAAGAACUUCACCUAUGUUUGAGGGUCUGUGGUUUAUCUCUUAACUGAAGGAGGGAUUUCAUUAGUGUGUAUUAGCUCUAAUGUCCUACUUGCUUUACCUAAGAUGUAUGCUGUGUUUUUUCAGAUUUUAACACUCCCUGCUACUUUAUAUGCUGAUAUAACUGUAGACAUGGCCUUGUUUCUUGAGUCUCCUGUGCUAUUUUUAUGCUGGGGUGAUUUGUGCUUGAAGAGCAUGUGUUUUAGACAUAUUUUGUUAUCCGUUGUCCUAAUGUACUGCUAUCAUGUGACAGUGAAACUCCUGAUAAGCAGGUAAAAAUGGCACCAGAAUGGUGUUUUCAUCUUUGGCUGGCCCUAGUCUAGAGUUGGAGGAUCUUAGAGUAGUACCUCUGCCCAGGCCCAAGGCUGAGUGAGGAGUUUGAGGACUGAUGAGAAAGUCAGAAGUAAUAGCAAGUAGCAAGAGGAGGCUGGAGAGAUGGUUACUCUUCCAGAGAACCCACGCUUGAUUUCCAGCACCCAUGUUGGGUGGCUCAAACCUACACUCCAGUUCCCCCAGGAGUUCCAGUGCACUUGCCCUCCAUAUGCAUGUGCAUACAGAUAAACAUACAGGUAAAUGAAAUCUACACAUAUACGCAAGCAAAACACUCAUGUGUAAAAUGAUCUUUUUAUUAUUUUUAAAAAGAAAAGUAGCAGAUGAAGCUGAAACUGGCCCCAUGAGGACAGGUGUUAGGUGUCUGUCAGACCGUCAUGGUGGUAAUAGGGUGUAAGUGCAAGAAGCUUCGAGGCCUCUGCAUGUCUGAAAAGGGGGGAAAUGUGCCCUAGAAUCUAAUGAGGAUUCCUUUCUCCUUCAGUGUCUUUAGGGGGUUUCUGAAUGAUAGCUGACUGUACCAAAGGUAAAAUUUGCAAUGGAACCUAAUUGAUACUUCAUGGCUCCUUUAGAAUCUCUAAAGACAAAAAGUGAGUUAUUGGGGCUAGAGAGAUGCCUCAUUUGCUCUUCCAGAGGACCCAGGGUUAAAGUCCCAGCACUCAUGUGUGGGUUCACACCUGUCUAUAACUCCCGUCCUAAGGGAUCCACCAUCUUCUUUUCCUCCACUGGCACCAGGCAUGUAUGUGGUACACACACAUACAUGCAGACAAAACAUGCAUACACUUAAGAAAAAACUAUAGUGUAUAGAAAAGUGAGUUAUUGCUUUAUUCACAACUGGCCACAGGCAGCCUUGGAAAUAAGGUGUGGAAAUGGCUCUAAUCAGUUCAGCAGAAGAGCAUCUAAACACUGAGAGCCUCUGUGCUCUGCCUCCCUAGUUCAGUUUCCUGAUGUGACUAUUUAAAGUGAGAGCCAUGUGGUAUCUUACAGGACACUGUUUUACCUUUCAUCAAGGUUGCCUAACACAUCUCCAUGAAGAAGUGUUGGGUUGUUAAAGUACUGUUUGUAUUACUUUGUUGUUUCUUUAAAAGUCACUUAUUUGCUUUUACUGAAGUUAAAUGCUGGGGCAGGCAUCAUGAACACUUGUAAUUCUGUGGUAUCUAGGUAUUAAGUGUAGCAGAGAAUAAUAAAAAAGGAUUUAGCUUCCUACACGGGUGGGCCAUAUGGCACCAGCAAGGUGUUCUCUCGGUAGACCUCUAACCCUUUGUUCUCAAAAUGUUUCCACCCGACUAGCUAAGUUCCCGUGCAGGUUGGUACCAUGCCAGCCCCACACAUCCAAAUUCCAAGACCUUUCUCUUGAACUCAGUUGAGUUGUCUCAUGAAGGAAAACACCACACAAACUUAGUUUAGAAUUAACCUGUAACUCAAUCGCUGGGCGCCAACUACUAACAUCCUAAUUAGUAAGCCAUACUAAGUUAAAUCCUCCUGAGUUUGAGGCCAGCCUGGGCUACCUAGUUAAUUCCAGGCCAGCCCUUGGUUACAAUGUGAGACUCCAUCUCAAAAAACAAACAAACCAACCAACCACAAGAAGAAGAAGAAAAAAAAAAAAAAAAAAAAAAAAAGGAAAGAAAGGCUGAGAUCAGUCUGAGCUUGGAUCUAUGUUGUCCCAGAACUUGGGAGGCUGAGGCACGAGGAGCAUGAUUUCUGGACUAGGCUAAGCCACAUAGUAGCAAGACCACCUUUAAAAAAAACGUGUGUGUCUACACACACAUAUACCUGGCAGAAGAUAAAAGUGAGGAAAAAGUCCAGACAGUAGUAUGCACGCUUACUGCCUUUAGACAUCCUGCAGACACAGGGCAGAGCCUAGACUUUAGGCUUUCAUGGUCUCUAGAAUAUUAUGAGCAAAGCACAAUGAUCAGUUGUUCUCAUACUUGAGUGCAUCUGGAGAUAGUUCAUAGUUAUGGCAGUCAAUAUUUCUUACUGAAAAGCUUUCCUUUUGUGGCAACAUUUUUAUAGGUUGUGUGAAUUCCUUUUUUUUAAUGACAUAAUACAGUAUUUUUGCACAGUUGUAACCAUGUGUGAUGGUGUCACUAUAACCAAAGUACAUGCACCAGCCCUUGUGCAUUUAUUGUUCCCUCUGGUAUUGUGCACUUAAAAUGUCCAAAUACAAACCUUUGUGACUGUGAAGAAUCUGGCAGCACAGCAUGCCCGUGACCUGCCUGCUGCAGUGUGAGCUGUGUGGCCAUAAGCAGGCCCUGUAAAGUCCUAAGUUGCUCUCAGGCAAGUGGGUACAUUAUAAAAACAAAUCGUGUAACAAUAAAUCUACCUAAGCUAAAAGAACGUUUGUUUUAUGUGAACCUGUACAGUAAAUAAAGUGGAAGUUAUCAGUAA